AUGUCUCUGUCAAUUGAAGAGCUCGACGCCACAGUGCGCGCCUUCUAUGAGGGUCGCGGUGACACACAAAAGCAAGCUCAGGCUACUCUGAACCAGUUCAAAGAAAACCCUGAUGCAUGGCUUCUCGUCGACAAGAUCCUGUCCGAUGCGCAAUACCCGCAGACCAAGUAUCUCGGACUACAGGUUCUUGACAAUGUUAUCAUGACUAGGUGGAAGGUACUGCCUCGCGACCAGUGUCAAGGUAUCCGAAACUUCAUUGUGAACUUCAUCAUCCAGCUGUCCAACAACGACGAUAGCCGCCGCACAGAGCGUACCCUCCUAAACAAGCUCAACCUCGUCCUCGUCUCUGUCCUCAAGCAGGAGUGGCCCCACAACUGGCCGACUUUCAUCAACGAGAUCAUAUCAUCGUGCCAUAGUAGUUUGGGGAUAUGCGAGAACAACAUGGUCAUCCUGCGACUUCUGUCCGAGGAAGUAUUUGACUACUCAGAAGAGCAGAUGACUUCGGCUAAACGAAAGGAACUCAAGCAGAGCAUGUGCGACGAAUUUACGGCCAUCUACCAGCUCUGCUCAGAGGUUCUGCGGACAGCUACCGAGGCUGCCCUCAUCAAGGCGACUCUGGAAACCUUACUACGCUUCCUGAACUGGAUCCCUCUAGGGUACAUCUUCGAGACACCACCGAGUGGCCAGAGCCUUAUUGAAACUCUGCGAAGUCGAUUCCUCGAAGUCCCCGAUUUCCGCAACAUUACCCUAAAGUGCUUGACUGAGAUUGCCGGCCUGCACACCGAACCCGCAUACGACGAUAAGCUCGUCCAAAUGUUCACCGAGACAUUGACAGCCAUCUCCAAGAUCAUUCCCCUCUCACUAGACCUCAAGAGCACAUACUCUUCUAGCAAUGGUCGGGACCAGGAGUUUGUCCUGAACCUUGCGCUCUUCCUGACAAACUUCUUCACCAUGCAUCUGAACGUCAUUGAGAACCUCAUGAACAGGGACUUCCUUACGCAUGGUCACUUCUACCUUAUUCGCAUAAGCCAGAUCGACGAUCGCGAGGUCUUCAAGAUCUGCCUGGAAUACUGGACCAAGCUCGUCUCAGAGCUGUACGAUGAGAUGCAGGCGCUCCCAAUAACCGACAUGAACCCUCUCCUAAACAUGGGCAUCCCUGGUAACGGUGCUCGCGAGUUGGCCAACUACCCUCUACGGAAGAACAAGUACACUGAGAUUCUUUCCAAUCUCCGAACAGUCAUGAUUGAGAAGAUGGUCAGGCCUGAGGAAGUCCUCAUUGUCGAGAACGACGAGGGCGAGAUUGUUCGUGAAUUCGUGAAGGAGAGUGACACGAUUCAGUUGUACAAGUCUACUCGAGAAUGUCUCGUAUUCCUUACCCACUUGGACGUUAACGACACCGAGCAAAUCAUGUCGGAGAAGUUGGCUCGCCAGGUCGACGGUUCAGAGUGGUCAUGGGCUAAUUGCAAUACCCUCUGCUGGGCUAUCGGUUCUAUCUCUGGUGCCAUGAACGAGGAAACAGAGAAGCGCUUCUUGGUCACUGUGAUCAAGGAUUUGCUUGGAUUGACUGAGAUGAAGCGAGGAAAGGACAACAAAGCUGUCGUGGCCAGUAACAUUAUGUAUAUUGUCGGUCAAUAUCCUCGAUUCCUCAAGGCCCACUGGAAGUUCCUCAAGACCGUUGUCAACAAGUUAUUCGAGUUUAUGCACGAGACCCACGAGGGUGUGCAGGACAUGGCUUGCGAUACGUUUAUCAAAAUUGCAAACAAGUGCCGACGACACUUUGUUGCUCUUCAGCCUGGAGAGACCGAGCCAUUCAUUGACGAGAUCGUUCGAAACUUGAGGAAGAUCACCGCGGAUCUAUCCCCCCAACAAGUCCACACUUUCUACGAGGCUUGUGGUUACAUGAUCAGCGCACAAGGACAGAAGAGCAUGCAGGAGCGCUUGAUCGCUGACCUGAUGGCUUUGCCAAACUCUGCCUGGGACAACAUUAUCGCUCAAGCUAACCAAAACCCUGCAUGCCUCCAAGACUCAGAAGUCAUCAAGAUUGUUGGCAACAUCAUGAAGACUAACGUCGCAGCAUGCGGUUCGAUUGGAUCCUACUUCUACCCACAGAUCGGCCGGAUAUACUUCGACAUGCUGACAAUGUAUCGCGCGAGCUCACAACUUAUCGACGAAGCUGUCCAACGAGAGGGUAACAUUGCGACAAAGAUGCCCAAGGUCCGCGGCCUCCGCACGAUCAAGAAGGAGAUUUUGAAACUCAUCAACACCUACGUUGAGAAGGCCGACGACCUGGAGAUGAUCCACAACAACAUUGUGCCGAAGCUGCUAGAGGCUGUUUUGAUCGACUACAAGAACAACGUUCCCGAUGCUCGUGAAGCAGAAGUAUUGAAUGUCAUGACGACGAUCAUCAACAAGCUACAUAGCAUGAUGGAAGAUCAGAUCAUCAACAUCAUGGACAGUGUCUUCGAAUGCACCUUGGACAUGAUCAACAAGGACUUUUCAGAAUACCCAGAACACCGUGUCGAGUUCUUCAAGCUUCUGCGCACCAUCAACCUUCGCUGCUUCCCUGCUCUGCUGCGACUUGAUGCACGAUCAUUCAAGUUCGUCAUUGACUCCUGCAUGUGGGCUAGCAAGCACGAUAACCGCGAGGUCGAGAGCGCCGGUCUUUCCAUGUGCUUCGAGCUGGUUUCCAAUAUGGCCGAAACAGACCAGCAAACUUGCAACACCUUCUUCCAGACGUUCUUCACGACUAUCCUCCAGGACGUCUUCUUUGUGGUUACCGACAGCGACCACAAGGCUGGUUUCAAGUCGCAAUCGAUGCUGCUUGCCAAGAUGUUCUGGCUGGUUGACUCAGACAAGUUGCAGGGUCCCAUCUACACGUCACCAGACAUGGCACCGGCAGGCACACCGAACCGAGAGUUCCUGCGGAACUUUGUUGGCAACCUGUUGGCGACUGCUUUCCCUAACCUACAGACUGCCCAAAUCGCAUCGUUCAUCGACGGACUAUUCGCGACCAACUCCGACCUCAACCGCUUCAAGGUCAUUCUGCGCGACUUCCUGAUUUCCUUGAAGGAGUUCUCUGGUGACAACGCUGAGUUGUUCCUCGAGGAGCGUGAGCAGGCUGCGAAGACAGCGAAGGAACAAGAGCGUGAGCGAGCCAUGAAGGUUGGUGGUUUGCUGAAGCCUUCAGAGAUGGAUGACGAUGAGUUGUGA